AUGGAGAACAACCCAGAAGCCGAUGGCCCGCGUUACAAACUUUGUACCUUUCUUUUCGGGAAUGUUGAUCGGCAAGGUAGACUGGAAGAGGAUUACGCACGUGAAGGAGAGUUAACGGCCAUCAGUAAUUUAGACAAUUGUCAUGUGGCUGAAGUUGAGACCACGAUGCGCUCAAUUAUUGCUGAGGAAGGCCGGUCACCCACCAGUUUUAGUCACUCCGCGAGCCCUGUCCCUCCCGAAGAAAUCAAGGAUUAUUACGACGAGACUGAGGUUAUCAAUGAGGGCCAGUUGGACCUCUCUACUGUUGAAAACGCUCUUCCGACCAGAACGGAUGAAGAGGACGACUACGACGAACAGCCAAAACAGUCAGAAAUACCUCCCGUCGAGUCUGUGGAAGUCAAUGUCAAGCCUCUGUUGCCACAGGAAUCUAUUGAGAAGGCGGACGUCGUCAAAUCACCCCAAGCAACGUCUUCACAACAAUCCUUAGUUGACCAGCCCACAGAGCCAUCGCCCACUGAUCCCACACUGAACAACACUUCGACCGCAGAUCUUAUGUCCGCUGAGAUUGAUUUGAAGCCUGAACUCUUUGAUACCAAACCUGCCCAGUUGCAUGCUUCAUCUUCACCAACUCCACUGUCUGCUGAUUCACCUCAUCCCGACAUGCAGCUGUCCGGGAAAACUGCUGCUGGAACCAGUACCGCAAGCGUCACCGGGCCCACCGUUACGUCCCCAUCUUCCACCGCGGACGACAUCAAAACACCUCCGGUUAACGAGGCGCCCAGUUGUCUACAAGGAUCCCCAGUUAUCUUUCAGGCGUCAGUGAAGACUGAGGAGGAAACGGCUGGCUUAGCCUCAACCAUGAUGCCCCCGCCUCUGCAUCCGGCUCCGCUUGCAGCCUCAAAAGUAAUGCAGGUCAGGGGUCCUUCUCCGGGUGUUUCAAGCUCGCCCAAUGCUCGGCAUGGUUGGCCAUCUGACGGAUCCCCGUCUUUGCCACCUACAUGUUCCCCUGUUGAUAUGUGUCUAAAUGCGACGCUCAACACGCCUUUGGGUAAUCUUUUACCUCCAGAAUACGCCAACGUCGACAUCACCACCAUUUUCCCCCACUAUUCUGCCACUGGUACACCACGUUGGAGUCGACUGUUUAAGCUUGCGCACCCCCUGCGGACCUACAGCUCUCUGAAGCACCCUGAAAAGAGUCCCAUCUCGUCACCUUCAAAUGCCUCCUCGAAUGACCGGUAA